UCAAAAUUACUAACAACACGAAACCGGAUAAAUUUAAAAAUGUGAAAUUAUUUCAGGUUCAGAGUGAAUUGUUUGGUAAUAAUGAAAAACCUAAAUGGCCAGAUCUGGUUGAUGGCUGGAGUUUUCUGUCCAGGCACAGAGAUGUUUCAGACCUUGAGUGGAGUUGUUGGAAAUAUUUCUUUCAAAGAUCUUGGUACUACCUGAUAUUUCAAUUUGUCAUAUCUGAAAUGGUCCGCACAUUUAACAUGAAAUACUUAAAAUAUUGGUAUAUAUUAUCAAGUAUUAUUUACAUGCUAGCAUAUACGGGCAUUAAACAAAUGACCCUUGUUGUUUUUCAACCGAUAAUAUACCUAGCAGUAAUCUUCUAUGGCGGUGGAAAAACCAUUCUAUGGACGCUUAGCAUUGGUUUACUAUUUUGCUUUAAUGUUAUGAAAUAUAAAAACUUCUUCUGGGAUAUUUUUGAUGCUGAACAUUUUUAUGAUGAAGAGAUAUAUUUGACACUAGUAUGUACUUCAUGGAUUGAACUGAGAUGCAUCAGUUUCUGCAUUGACUACAUGGACAUGAAACAUAAACCGAAUGUCGCUAAAAUUGAUGUUGUGACCAACAUGUUAAGUUACAUAUUUUACUUGCCCCUUAUGCAUACUGGACCUAUAGUGCUAUAUGAAAAUUUUGAAAAAAGCUUACAUGUUAAGAGCAAUGAUAUAACAAAGAGAAUGAAGAGAUUCAUAUGGGACAUGAUUCUAUUUUCAAUGUAUACUUUUCUACUGGAUCUAGCUUUCCAUUAUAUUUAUUUUUAUGCUAUGCAGAAUGAAAUUGAGCCAUACUACAAUUGGAUGGCUAGUAAGGCAAUCACAGAGCUACCAACAAUGGCUCUAUGCGGCGGAGGGCUAUGGAUGGGUUUGGAGUUUCACAUGAAGUACGUCAUAUUCUACGGCACUACAUCGGCAUUCGCACGGCUCGACAAUAUAGAAGCCCCGCCGAACCCGAGGUGUAUAGCCAGGGUACACGUGUAUUCACACAUGUGGAGAUAUUUUGAUGUUGGACUGUACAAAUUUUUGAUAAAAUAUAUCUACAAACCCAGCCUCAGCGUAAUACCAAGAUAUAUCAAUUUACCAGUGACAAUCCUCAAAUUGACUGCAUCAUUUUUUACGUUUAUAUUUAUCUUUUUCUGGCAUGGCACUGUCUGGGACAUAUUUGUUUGGUCGGCACUUAAUUUUAUAGGCAUCACAUUAGAACAACUGGGUAAAUCUGCUGCAACCACUGAAACAUAUAAAUGGUUCAAGAAAGAAGUGUUACGAACAGAUGAAAUGGAGAUACGAUUCUUAGCUAUGGCCUGCACUCCUCUAUUGAUAAUGUCGGCGAUAUCGAACUUUUACUUAUUUGCGGGUAGUAAGGUAGCCAAUAUAUUUUUUGCAUGUUUCCUUCAACCUUCGUCGUGGAACUCUGUGAUAGUAACUUUAGCUAUGUACAGUUGCUGUCACGUUUCUAUAGCCCUUCAAAACGUGCCUUCUAGAACAUAUAUUGAUUACGAAAGCUCGAAUUUGAAGCCCGCAAAAUUAUGCAAAAAAAUGUAAUGACUAAAUUAAUGUUAUGUGCAACGUAGCAUAAUAACUAGCGGAGUCACGAGGGGCACAUGACAAGAGUACUAGAUCAUUUACGAUUAAGCCAUUUGUCUUAGACAUUUUUAUUUAUUUUCAAUGCCUAAUCAAAACUAAUUUAUGGUCCCUUUUGACCGUCCGUAUACUCAUAACCGUAAGAUGUGCUUUAACGUUAAAAUGAUAACGUAUGCGAGUGGUCUCUGUGCACGUUGCUUAAAGCUCAACAAUCAACACGCCCGUCACUGAGGCCAUGCAUUAACUAAGUUUUCCAAAUAAGAAGUGUCUUUUUAAAAAUGCUUUAUUGUAUGGUUUUUACAGAGAAAUAAGGCCCUUUAGGGAAAACACUGGUUAUCAACACCUUUUAUUAUAGUAUUUGCCGUUUGAAAUUAUGUAUACUGUUCGAAUACGCAGUCAGUUGUGCUUGCCGUUCUCGGGUUUGUUUUGUAAUCUGUGGGUAAGGCCAAGCACCAAUUUAACUUUAAAUACUAAACUUGUAUGUAACAAACGUAUAUAUUAUACAGGUAAAAUAGGAUAUUCUUUAACAUGUUCUUAUUAUUGCUUGCAACAACUAUUUCACUAAACCUGUAUUGUAUGACUAAUUCAUAUUAGUUUGUCCAUUAUUAAUUCUAUGUGUGGCCUUACCUAUUCUCUCUGGGCUCAUAAAAAUUAAAAAAUUUUUUAAGUAACAAUUUUAUUUUCGUUUAAAUUAUUUGUAACAACUUACAGUGUUAGAAUAAGGAUAUCAACUGAUAUAAGUUAGAGCCCUUAAGUAAUAAAAAGGAGUGCGUAUGCAUAGCCUCUAUGAGAUCGUUUGGGUCCCCUGCGACCCCAGCCGCCUGGUGCACUUGUAUCAUUUCCUGCCGAGUAAACACGUUUUUGCCUAACUGGUGUGCCCGUCUAGUCAACGCAUCCAGAAAUUUCUUCAACUGCAAUAAAAAAUAAACGCGUAUUAAAAUUACCAAGGAGUCUGGCACUCAAGAAGUUUAAAUCUAUUGUAUCAAUAAGUCAUUAUUUAGUUAACAGUGUGGACGAUGGCAGUAACUAAUAUAAUAUACAAGAUAUGUUACUUCUUCUGUAAAAAGUGGCUAUUGACUUUAGUAAGAAACUAGCAAACUAUCUUUUUUAUUUAUUUUAUUGUAUAUAAGAAAAUAUCACAAAACUGUCGAACAUUAUGUUGUGUUCAUGUUCCUACAUAGGUUGUUUUUUUUUAUAAGUGCAUGUGGUCUUAUGGCUAAUAAAUACGUACCUUCGGUUUUUAAUCCGACGCUAAUUGUUAUCUUUUUGUAAUAAACAUUAAAAUAAACAUGUA